AUGCGGACUAAAGCCAGUUCAUCUGGUGGCCAGCCCUUGUUCAUUCGAUUGGCUGCUUCCGAUGCGUCACAGUUGUCAGCUCAUGCAGGAAGAAGCAGCAGCAGAGUACUUGUGCUCUCCAUCUCAAUUCCUUUGGGCAUUCUGUUUAUCGGUGCAUGGUUGUUUAUUCAGCGCAGGCGCAAGAGACUCCUUCAGAAUGUCGAGGAGUACGACACUCCGACAUCGCUCACAACAUUCACCUACAAAGAGCUCAAAAUUGCAAGCAACAAUUUCGCUCAUAAGUUGGGAAAGGGAGCAUUUGGCUCUGUCUUUAAGGCAACUCUGCGAGACAACACACUUGUAGCCGUGAAAAGAUUAGAGGGUUCCGCACAAGCAGAAAAGCAAUUCCGUGCAGAAAUAAGCACCAUUGGAAACAUACAUCAUGUGAAUUUGGUGGGACUCCGGGGAUUUUGCGUGGAGGGGUCUAAAAGAAUGCUUGUUUACGAGUACAUGCAAAAUGGGUCUCUCAAUUCUUUCUUGUGCCGCAGAUCCAAAGAAGGCGGCAAGGUGCUGGAUUGGAAUACCAGAUUCAGAAUCGCUUUGGGCACUGCAAGAGGGUUACUUUAUCUCCACGAUGAAUGCAGAGAUCGCAUCAUCCAUUGUGAUAUCAAACCAGAAAAUAUUCUUCUAGACACGGAUUUCUAUCCAAAAGUGGCUGAUUUUGGGCUGGCAAAGCUUGUUGGCAGAGAUUUCAGCAGAGUGCUGACAACAGCAAGAGGAACAAGGGGUUAUUUGGCUCCCGAGUGGCUGACCGGCUUGCCAAUAACAGUGAAGGUGGAUGUAUACAGCUUCGGCAUGACCCUGCUCGAAAUAAUCUCAGGCCGACGAAAUAGUGAUUUGAGUGUGCAGGAAUCUCAACGCUAUUUUCCGACUUGGGCAGCAGCUCAAAUUCUCAAAGGAAACACCAUGGGUCUUGUGGAUGAAAGGAUUGCAGACAUGGCAGAUGUUGAAGAGGUGAGAAGAGCAGCUAUGGUAAGCAUUCUGUGCAUUCAAAAGGAUGAGAAUGGGAGGCCAAGCAUGGCUCAAGUUGUGCGGAUAUUGGAAGGCAAAUCAGAUGGUGACGUGGAGCAAUAUGAGAGGUCUCUGCAACGCUGGUCGAUGAUCAUUCAGUAG